AUGUCGGACACACAACAUUUCUGUCUACGAUGGAACAACUAUCAGAGCAGUAUCACAUCAGCCUUCGAGAAUUUAAGGGACGAUGAGGAUUUCGUGGACGUGACGUUAGCCUGCGAGGGGCGCAGCCUAAAGGCUCAUAGGGUUGUUUUGUCUGCGUGCAGUCCAUAUUUCCGCGAACUUCUUAAGAGUACACCUUGCAAGCACCCUGUGAUAGUAUUGCAAGAUGUAUCCUUUUCGGACCUGUUCGCCCUCGUCGAAUUCAUAUAUCACGGCGAGGUGAACGUGCACCAGAGGUCGCUCAGUUCCUUCCUCAAGACGGCGGAAGUUCUGAGAGUUUCCGGACUGACGCAGAAACAGGCGGAGGAGACGGAAGCCUUAAACCAUGUGCAAAACCUAAGCAGCUCCUCAACGCCUCCAAUAAACUACCAUCAUCAACUACCGCCAGGCUUGGGUCACCAUUCCGGCCAAGACACAAAUUCCUACCCCGCACCGGCCGGUACGCCGGACUCGCCUUUGCCGCUGAACGCAAGCUCGUCCGACAAGUCGUCGAGUAACGCGACCGGCAACGGCGGCAACGGCACGGGGAACAAUGGAACGGGUAACGGGCCAACGCAACGCCAAGACGGCAAGAUGCCGCCUGGAGCAACCGUUAAUCAACUGCUGAGGAGGGCGGCUGCCGCUGCAGCGAUAGAAGCACAGAGGAGGGACCGCCGUAAUUCAACAGAUCACUCCGAUUGCGACUACCCAGCUUCGAACAACAAGCGACCCCGAGGACCUCAUCUCACACCGCCCCCAAAUAGCAAUUCAGCUUUAGCCGCUAAUUCCCUGAGUUUAAAUAACAACAACACGAUAAUUGAUCCUGGUUGUAGGUUACCGCAAUUGCUGGCUGCAGAUUAUAGCUCAACAGCGGUUAAACAACAUCAGCUACUUAUGAACAAUCAUCAUCACCAUAAACAGGAAGGGCAAGAUAAUGGCGGACUGCUAAAUAAUAAUGGCCUAAACAAUGACCGCGACAGUUCAACAUCACCUAUACAACGCAAUGCCUCCGAUUCCGAGUUGAUAAAAUCAGAACCCCAAAGUGGUAGCACGCCUGACGAUCACAGCGAUCGCAGGACGGCUUCGGGCGAUUCACCAGAACCCAAUGAUAUGCACAGGGUCGGAUUGCACGGUCUACAUCAUGGUGGACCAGGAGGAAUGAAUUUACACGGUGGCUAUGGAGAUGAUGGAGAUGCAUCACCUGUAGAUCGUCAUCACGCAGGGGUGCUCGCCGGAUUGAUGGGCGAAAAGUUAUUCGGACCUUUCGGGUUCGGAUUCGGCACCCCUGAUCAUCCUGCAAUGGCCGGUUUAGGCAGCCCUUCGUUACAAUCCGACUUAGCCGGUACGUCUCAGGGGAUAACGCCAAAGAAACUAUUCACUUGUCAACUGUGCGGAAAGGUGUUGUGUUCAAAGGCGUCAUUGAAACGUCACAUUGCUGACAAACAUGCAGAGCGGCAAGAAGAAUACCGUUGCAUCAUCUGUGAAAGAGUAUAUUGCUCUCGAAAUUCGCUAAUGACACACAUUUACACCUACCAUAAAAGUAGGCCGGGCGAAUUGGAUAUUAAGUUCUUUUAG